AUGGGACAACAAAUAGUACCAGAUAUUCAUGCAAUGCCACAAUUAGAUUCAAUUUAUGUAUUACAUGGCAGUCAAUCGGUUCAUGACCAAUGGACGAAAAAAACAUCUAAGGUAAAAGGUGUGUACGCAAAAAUCGAACUGAUUUAUGAUGCAUUAAAAAUGGAUCGUGAGCGAUGUGAUCGAGCUAUGAUCUCGAUCAGUUUUAAUGGUAUCGAUACCUUAUUCAUGUACACGCAAUCAUUACGAGAAACACUUUUAGAAACUGAAGACGAUGAUAAAAGGUCUAUUCGAGAAUUCGUUGAAUACUGUCGCCUUGAAGAUGAUAUUCAUAAAGACGAAAUUCAAAAGAUCGAACAAGAAUAUGAUCGGCAUACACCUAUUUGGUGGUACACGGCUCCCUAUUUUAUUAAAUCAAUGUUAAAUUAUGGUUUUCGACACAUGGAUGUUGAUGUUAUAUUCAAAAUGGGCUUCUUCAUCCGCCACCUACAUAAACAUAUCGAAAGCUUACACCGAAAACAACAGAGCAGUAAGACGGCAACGUUAGGUAAAUUUGAGGUUUUUCGUGGACAAGGUUUAUCUGAGGAAGCCUUUGAAAACAUAAAAAAGACAAAAGGAGGACUUAUGUCUUUUAACAAUUUUCUUGCAACAAGUCGUAAUCGAAACAUUUCAGUAAAAAAUUUUGCACGACCGGCAGCAUUCGAUCUGAAUUCAGUUGGGAUUCUAUUUGUCAUGACUAUUGACCCGGCACAUUGUCUGGCAUCAUCAAUUCCUUUUGCCGAAGUCAAAAAUGUUGGAUUUUCUGAAGAUCAAGGCGAAGAAAUACUUUUUUCAACACAUACAGUAUUUCGUAUCGAUCGAAUCGAACGCAUUGAAGACAAGCAUACUUUUCGCCUUUGGCAAGUUGAUCUCACCCUCGUGGGCAAUCAAGACAAAGAUUUUGACAAACUCGUAGCACAAACUCAUGAAGAACAUAGUUUGGCAAAAGGUUGGCCCCGGCUGGGUCUAUUACUUAUUAAACUUGAAGCCUUUGCAAAAGCAGAAAAACUUUUACAUAUCUUGCUGCAAAAGGCAAACUAUGAUGAAGAUAGAGCGGACUACAAUUUUUAUCUUGGUUGGAUGUAUUACAAUAUGAGGGAAUAUCUAAUAGCACUUACGUUUUAUGAGCGCGCGCUCGAUAUUCGCCGAGGAAUGUUUCAUUCUAACGACCGAAAAUUGGCACAGUCCUACAAUAGUAUCGGAGAAGUUCAUAACCGUAUGGGAGAGUACUUGAAAGCACUUGCAUUCUUCGAGCAAGCACUGGAUAUUUUAAAAAUAACUCUUCUUCCAAACCAUCCCGAUUUGGCUUAUAUCUACAAUAAUAUCGGUUUGGUGCAUGAUAACAUGGGUGACUACUCAAAAGCACUUUCGUUUCUAGAAAAGGCAUUAGAUAUGCAUCAGAAAUCUCUUCCACCAGUACAUCCUACAAUCGUGAAAUUGAAAUCAAACAUCGAAAAUAUAAAAAAGAAAUUGUAA